AUGGAAGCAGGGUCGGCGGCCGAGAACGGCGGCGCGGGCAAAGAAGGGUCCGGCAGCAGGUUCAGGCGGGUGUGCGUGUUCUGCGGGAGCAGCUCCGGCAAGCGGAGCAGCUACCGGGACGCCGCCGUCGAGCUCGGCAAGGAGCUGGUGGCGAGGAAGGUGGAUUUGGUGUACGGAGGGGGAAGCCUGGGGCUCAUGGGGGAGGUCUCCGAGGCCGUGCACAAGGGCGGCGGCCAUGUCAUUGGCGUCAUACCCACCACUCUCAUGGGCAAGGAGAUCACCGGGGAGACGAUCACCGGGGAGACGGUGGGCGAGGUGCGGGCCGUGGCCGGGAUGCACCAGCGCAAGGCGGAGAUGGCGCGCAACUCCGACGCCUUCAUCGCGCUCCCGGGCGGGUACGGGACGCUGGACGAGCUCCUGGAGGUGAUCGCGUGGGCGCAGCUCGGCAUCCACAGCAAGCCGGUGGGCCUGCUGAACGUGGACGGGUACUACGACUUCCUGCUGGCGUUCAUCGACAAGGCGGUGGACGACGGGUUCAUCAAGCCCUCCCAGCGCCACAUCUUCGUCAGCGCCCCCGACGCCAGGGAACUCGUCCAGAAGCUGGAGGAGUACGAGGCCGUGCAGGACGAGGACCCGGCGACGCCCAAGCUGCGGUGGGAGAUCGAGCAGGCCGGCUACAACGCCUCGCUCCUGGCCGAGAUCGCCCACUGA